AACAUGGACGAGAAUGAUUAUGAUAAUUUACGAAAACGAAAUAUAGCUGAAAGGAAUGCUGUUUUUGCUGAGUUUUUUAAAGAUAUAAAAAAGCAGACGAACGAGGUGAAAGAACUAGAAAAAGGAUAUGAAGAUAUAGAAAAUUCGGAAAAUGAACCUCCUAGAAAGAGACGUAAAACUGUUUGUGGUUCUACUAAUCACACUAUUAAAAUUAAACAUGUACAAGCUGGAUUUCGUAAAAAGUAUAAUACCAGGAGUACAAUGAAGAAUCGAAGUAAAGAUGAUUUCAAUAUUUCUCGAUAUAAAGAAGAAGAGGAAGAGGAUUCAAUCGAAUCUAGAAGCAAUAGACCUAAAUUACAAGUUUUAUUUCCAUGGGCGAAACCUUUUCAACGAUCGCUCGAUCUAAUGCAAAUGGGAGUUUGCGAUGUUGAUCAAGAGGAACAACAGUAUAGUGAUGACGAUUUGUAUGAUAUAACAAAAAAACACGUUUACCAAGUAACCAAGGCUCCAUAUGAUCCAAAUAGCAUACCAUCUGUUAAUGACAUUACAGAUGAAAUGUUAAACAAUGUUGCAAAAAAAAGUUCGUUGAAGCAAUACUGUAAAAUUAAUGGGACAUGCUGUCAUCAAUGUAGACAGAAAACAUUGGAUACGAAAACAGUAUGUCGAUCUGGAGAGUGCAUUGGAGUAAGAGGACAAUUUUGUGGACCUUGCUUAAAAGGACGAUAUGGGGAAGAUGCCAUUGACGCGUUAAAGGAUCCUAAUUGGGCUUGUCCACCAUGCCGCGAUUUGUGUAAUUGCAGCAUAUGUCGAACAAAAAGUGGUUUAAGACCUACUGGAAUUUUAGCUCCGAUGGCACAAGAAGAAGGAUAUUCUUCUGUUAUGGAUUACCUUCAAUCUACUGAAAUUGACGACACGUAA